CAUCCAGACUACUCCGUGCCAACAAAACUAUUCAAGUGAAACAAGUGGCUGAGGAACGGGUACAAGAAUGUCUUGUGUUUGAUCUUUCCGUCUAUUACAAACGCGUUUGACUCGAUAGUGCCCGCCGUUCUAUGCUCCUACAUCAUGGACCCCUCCAAAGCCCCUCAGGGUGAUCCGCCUCCGCGGGUCCAUGAUAACGACCGAAACACAAUGGCGACGACGACACCAUCUCAAUGGGAUUUGUCGGACUCUUUGAAUCGCUUGACUCUGGCAAGUGCUGCGGCCGUUCCUUUACCUCCAUCGCCGUCUAGUUCACCUCCUCACGAUGGCGCGUUGCAACCAAAUCCCCCCAUCGCUAUCGCCGUUGACCGCGCGCCGACCCCGAAACGCGACUCCAGCUCUCACCCAAGUACGUCGCGUAACGAGCACGGUAGAACGCUCCCAGUCCUUCAGAAGAGAGCAUCUACUACAUCUUUGCGAUCUGUUUCCCAACCUGUUGGUCCCACGAUCACCAGUGCAAACGUGCCGGUACCAAAACGGACCCCCAGCUCCAACUCUCUACGUGACGAGCAUCGCAAAUCGAUCCCCACACUUCAGAAACGCCCAUCUACAGCAUCACUGAGAUUAACCGGUCCUACAUCUCCGAUCCCAGCCUCCGCACGUCGCUCUUCUCCCAACCACCCGGCAUCGCCAACAUCCUCUACCUCGCCCGCGAUGGCUUCGCGCCUGGCACUCUCCCCAACAGAGGCGCAAGCUCCGACAGCAGCUACGGUGGCUGCAGAACACUUUCGCAAAGAAGUAGAUUUGCACCAGAUCGUGGAUCUCAAGUCCAACACAGUGGUGGUUGUCCAUGAUGCCUGCUAUGGGCACCGAUUCUCGCGCCCCCGCGCCUCAAAGGCGGCACUGGCCUCAAUCGUGGAGAGACCCGAGCGCAUUCGUGCCUGUGCACUGGGAAUUUCUGCGGCAUAUGUCUCUAUGGGUCGUCGACAUGAGGGAGAACGGUUUGCGCUCCGGCCUGAUCUAGAUCUAUCUCUGCUUCCUCCCCCGCCUUUCCAGAUUCGCAAGACGUCACGCUCACUGCCACUUCAUGAUCUUGCCGUUACAAAUGUGCAUGGUGCUCAGUGGAUGACCGAUCUGAAAGGAAUGUGUGAUGUUGCAGAGUCGCGCCUCGCACUAGGCGGUAAGGAACUCGUUCGCCCGCGCCCCGAGGGCAGCGAGGGUGCUGUUAAUGCGCCAGAACUCCACUCUGGUGAUCUCUACCUCUGCUCCGAAUCACUUGAUGCAUUCCAGGGUGCUUUGGGUGGUGUAUGUGACGGGAUCGAUGCUGUUUUUGACCAAGGUCCGACUACGCGGGCCUUUGUUUGCAUUCGGCCACCCGGUCACCAUUGUUCCGCCGAUUUUCCUUCUGGCUUUUGCUGGGUCAACAACGUUCUUGUUGGAAUCUCUUAUGCGGCAAUCAACCAUGGGCUGACUCAUGCUGCUAUCCUGGAUUUCGAUCUACACCACGGUGAUGGGUCUCAGGAUAUCGUGUGGGACCACAACUACAAGGCAUCCAUGGCCGCGAAGAAUGCGCCAGCAUACAAGAAAACUGCGAUUGGAUACUACAGUCUCCAUGAUAUCAACUCCUACCCAUGCGAGGGCGGUGAACCGGACAAAGUGCGCAACGCGAGCGUAUGCGUUGAUGGUUCGCAUGGCCAGUCUGUCUGGAAUGUCCACCUGGAGACAUGGGAGAAUGAAGCCGAUUUUUGGGAAUUGUACCGGACCAAGUACAUUACCUUGAUCAACAAAGCGCGUAACUUCCUACGUGCUCAAUCCCAGCGACUCGCUCAGACUCCCGGCCGGCCUGCUCCCAAGGCUGCCAUCUUCAUUUCGGCUGGUUUCGAUGCUAGUGAAUGGGAGGGCAGUGGCAUGCAGCGCCACAAAGUCAACGUGCCAACCGAGUUCUAUGCUCGGUUUACGGCUGAUGUUGUGCGCAUGUCCCGGGAGGAAGGUCUUGGUGUGGAUGGACGGGUGAUCAGCGUGUUGGAAGGUGGUUAUAGUGACCGAGCUUUGACAAGCGGUGUCCUUAGCCACCUUGCCGGACUGGCUGAUUACAAUGCAUCCCUGGAUGAUUCUGUUCCCACUGGAGUUGAGUAUGAGAGCAAGUGGUGGUCUUCGGAUCACCUAUCCGAACUAGAGGCUCUCACCUCUCCGCAAAUCAAGCGUGAGAGAACGCCACCCACUUUCCUCGCUUCUACAAAAUCAUUCGAUGCAAAAGUCCUCUCUGCCAGUCGGGAUCGCAAGUCUUUCGGCUCUUACACUGGUGUCACUCCGCCACCUCCGGAUGUUGACUGGGCGACGGCAGCGUACGAGCUGUCCAAGGUUCUCAUUCCCGACGAGAGCCGCCAGACCAUGAGCUGUCAAGCCGAUGAUCUGAAUGCAGAGGCAUCUCGGCAGCGCCGUGAGCGCCAAUUAGCCUUGGAUGGUGUCAAAAUUGCGACUCUUCCACCCCCUCCGCCGCCGGAGGAGAGGCGUUUGCUACGCGUGCGAAAAACAAAGUCUCCAGCACCGUUUUCGCCGAGAGGAGCGACACCUCGGCAGCAGGCUAUGCGCAAGAACCGUCGCAGAACGAUUGAUGGGAAUGAUUUGCCUGAUACGUCGGGCGAGGUGUCUCCGUCUGUGGAUGCAGGCCGCAGGAAAAGUUCCAAUGCCAGCACGGUCUCAACUGAGCCCAUCAGUAUGGGCGAUUUGACUAGUGCACAAGGCGAACUCGUUGUGGACCCUGCGGUCGUGGCUACACCCACGAAGGUUUCCGACGCCAGAAGGACGAGUGGGCGGAUGGAUACCCCCAGACGGUCCGCAAGUCCCAGAAAAGCACCUCCAGUACCCAAGGUGCCAGCGGCUUAUCUGCCCUCAAACCCUACAGAUGAAGCCACGCCGACAUCACCUGCCAAUGAGGUCGAGAACAUCUCUGUUGGCUUUCAAAGGAUCAAGCUGAAACUGCCACCCCCCGAAGAGCAGGCAGCUCGCGAGAAGAAGGCGGCUGAAGAACGCAAAUCAAGAUUGACCAAGACUAAGACUCCCAAGUCCCCUGGCAGAUCGCCCCGAAAGGCCACCACUGCCAGAACACCUCGUGGAAAAACAUCACUUACACGCCCCCUCGUCGCAUCGGGCAGUUCGCCCCCUCGACAUCCUGGACUCGAACCCAUGAAACAGGGAAGGACCGAGACGCAACCCAUCUCUUUCCUACCGGACUCUGCCGAUUCCAGCAUGAUGGACGUGACUAUGCAAGAUUCAGAUUCCGCAGUCUCGCAGUGGCCUUCUGUCCCGUCCAUCCCGGCAUCGGUUUCCCAGGAACACUCUUCCUUCGGGACGAACACUUCACCACCAUUCACGCCGAAUCUCACACAAGCCCCUGAGUUCCCGGGUCCCCAAGCAAACACGUACACACCUCCGAUGGCCGCUGGACAAACCAAGCAAGGUCUCCCCGUUUUCACGUCUAGCAGUCCAAUUCCCUUUGCGUCGCCUGGGAAUAAAUAGACGAAUUCGGGACAGGAAAAUCAGCCGUUUCCACCCUCUGGACAGUAUCGGUCUUAGGGUGGCAGUGAGAGGUUUCAUCAUCUCCAUUCUUCCGAUUGAAACUAUGGCGUUAAAUGGUUCUGUAUUUUGCGUCAUAUACCCCUAUUUUUUAUGGUUGGAGAUGGUGUUUUGUACGGAUUUUGUAGGUUACAUAUCUUUCGUUGGAUUUCGUGGCUCGGGCGUUCUCGGUGCUUUGUGAUGUCUGUGGUCGUCCUUUUCUUGAUCGGUUUUGAUCGUUAUGUAGAAAUGACUGUAUGAAUCCACGUCCAUUUACUUGACCUUUCUCUUGAAAAUGAUCCCUCCUUAGUGUGGUAAUGGAGG